AUGUCUUUGGACACAUCAGCUACACACGUGUUGCCUGUGGUACCUUCUUCUUUUCAGCAGAAUGAGAGUCAAACUGGUGCCGAGCAACAACCGAGUAAUAACACUUCAUCAGCGGCAUCAAGUACAGCUGAGAGUAAUUCUGUACAACAACCCAAUUUAAUCAGAUCAUCAAAUAACAAUCAACAACAAAACAUCAAAGCCAAGCGGAAUACAAACAAGUUAGGACUCUCCAUAAAAGCACCAAUGAGUAAUGAUGUAGUUGCUGAUUCUGAUUCAUCAUCAUCAUCAAAUUUAAUUGACGAAAUUCCGUCAUUCUUGUUGGAUCAGUACAACAAGAGUGGAGGAGAGGAAAAGAUGAGCUUGCCAACCACUACUUCUGAUCCGAGCACUAUUUUCGCACCUACAACUAUUUCUUCUUUAUCUUCUGCUGGUAGCGGCCCUCUCAAGAUUAAACUUUUGUCAACACCCUCUGUUCCAAUUACAAAGAGUCCCAGUUCUGCAUCAACCAUUUCUCCUGCUUCAUCCUCUUCUCCUUCUGAACAGCUUCCUCUUUCAGCAGGAGCUGUACCAUCCAGUACAACUCCUCAAUUUACUCCACUAAAUAGACCCAAAACAGAGUCUAGCAAAAAACAAGGCAAAAAGAAUUUACAUUUAACUCUCAAUUUACCAAGUAAAAACAAGGUGCCUGGAGUAGGAUUAGAUCAUGAAUUUUCAGUUUCUCAGAGUGGUACUUGGAAAGCAGGAGCAAUUGAAAUUGGAAAGUAUGGACUAAAAGGCUCAAAUGAGGAAUCUCCAACUGUACCUUCGACUACCACCAGUAUAACAUCCACAACAUCAGACGAGCCUAAUCGAUUGAAUACCCCUAGCGGAUCUACUCCCUCACUGGGCGCUGGUGCAUCUGCAAAAGUUAUUAGAGCCCGCUUAAAGAGCGACGAGUCCAAAAUAUUUGCAAUGAAAAUUAUCGACCUCUAUGAAGAAGGUGUAAAACCUAAGCAGAUUAUUUCCGAAGUCAAGGCUCUUUAUGAGAGCGUUUGCUGUGAAAAUGUUGUGAAAUUUUAUGAAGCUUUUCACAGAGAAGGUACAAUACGGCUCUUGAUUGAAUAUAUGGACUGUGGCUCUUUGGAGGAUGUUUAUACCACAACCGGCACUAUUCCAGAACCUGUGUUGGCAGAAAUGACUUUUCAGAUUUUGAAAGCUCUGGAUUAUCUGGAAGGAAAGGGAAUUAUUCAUAGAGAUAUCAAACCAGCAAAUAUUUUACUCAACAAAAAAGGCAUCGUGAAACUGACUGAUUUCGGAAUGUCUCAACAAUCUGAGUCCAAAAAAUUCAAAACGUUCCAAGGAACAUACUAUUACAUGUCACCAGAACGUCUUAGAGGAGAUUCUCACAGUUUUGAUAGCGAUAUUUGGAGUUUGGGUGUUUCAAUUGCUGAAUGUGCUUGUGGUUCUCUGCCAUUCGAAAAAGGCUCAGAGUCCAGUUUAUGGAAUUUGUUGCAAUAUGUCACAGAUUCUAAUGUAGUAAUCAUCAAAUCUGGAAACUUUUCUGACGAGUUCAUUGAUUUUGUGCAGAAAUGUAUGGCAAAACAACCCAUUGACAGACCAUCUGCAAAACAAUUAUUUAACCAUCCAUGGAUUAAAAAAUACAUUUCAGAUCCAAAUGGUUUUGUUCCAAAAAGAACAAAACAAUGGAUCAAAGAAGUGUAUCUCCCAAAAAAGAAAGUGAAAAAAGAAGAGGCUAAGAAGGAGAAAAAGGACUAUGACGUUCUCAAAGACAUGUUGAAUAAGUAUCAGGAGCAAUAA